UGGUUUCAGAAUUCAUAUCAUUUUCUUGGCAUAGGUAGUAAGUUUCGUGUUUGUCGGCGUUUAAUAAAAUACAGCUUGCAAAAAAUUAUCAGCUUUCUUAGUAACAUGUGACACCAAAAUUGUGUGACCAAUGUAAAUUAUUUAUAAGUUCUGUAAUAGAAUUUUUUGCAAGAUGUAGAUUUCAAAUGAUGCCAAAAUGCAACAAUAGCCCAGAACUAUAAAUAAUUGUCACUAUGGUGAAGUUAAAAUUUAAAUAAAUGGAUUGCACAUAACCCACUUCAAGAUGACUUCAUGGGAGGCUUUACAAAUUCUUCAAAAACCAUUAACCACAGUGGAAAAAGUUGGUGGUAUUAGAUGCAAUUUAUGCAAAAAGAUAUUUAAAAAUAAACCAGAUUUUGACACUCACUAUACAAAUCACACUGGGAAUAAAGAAGUUUUGUACCAAUGUGUUAUUUGUAGCAAAGAAUUUCAAAGGUACUCAGCCUUCCGUGGCCACUGCUACACUAAUCAUGUCAUCAAGAACAGAUAUGUCUGUACACAAUGUGAUAAGUUCUUUUCCAAACAAUACAACCUACAGCAACACAUUGAACUGGUUCAUGGUCCGCAAUGUAAAGCAUGCAUGCAAAAAUUUCCAUCUAAGAAAGAAUUGCAUUUACAUCAAAUCGUCUACCACAAUGAAAGUAUGGCUGACAACUCCUGUCAAGUAUGUCAAGAGGAGAUACUUACCGUAGAAGCAUGCAAACAGCACAUCGAUUUGCAUCUGUCUCAAGUCUACACAUGUCCCAUUUGUCAAGAAACAAUUCUCCAUAAGAAUAUGUCUGCCGAUCAUUUAAAGAAACACUUUUGGAAAAAUGAUGUUGAUGAAAACAACCAUGAAGAAUUAGUUAAUCAGCUAACUGCUAUAGCUUGUGGAUUAUGUUCAAUGAUUUGCCCAAAUCGUGAAGAGUUUGAGGCUCAUUUUUUUCGUGAUCAUGCUAGCAAAGAUGUUUUUUACACCUGCAUUUUAUGUGGCAAACAGUUUUUUAAAUAUUCCGCAUUCCACACGCACGUCAAUCGCCAUUAUGCUGAUGGCCAAUUUCACUGUGAUACAUGCGAAAAAACAUUCCCGAACCUCUCCGAGCUCGUGUACCAUGUGUGUGAAUGCAGUGAAGAUUACAAAAAACACAAACCAUACAUAUGUUUCCACUGUGGCAACAGAUAUCUCCUUGAGCACUCGCUCCUGAAACACAUCACCGAUUCCCACAAUGGAUUCGAUUUACGAUGCCGGGAACCUGGAUGUGAACAGAUCUUCGACAAACGUCGGGACCUCCUGCUGCACUCUCGGCAUCACGACGAGCGCGUUCAGAGCUGGUGCCGCAUUUGCGGCCAAGACUUUACUUCGUUACCGUCCUGCGCGAGGCACCUCGAGGUCCACAAGAAGUAUCUCUUUGCGUGUCCUCUCUGCAGCAAGUCUUACGCCGAAAGGUCGUACCUUCUCAAACAUCUCCCCACUCACUUCAGAGCCGUGCUCCACGUGUGCAAGAUCUGUGGAAAGAUUUACGAUGCGAAACGAAGGCUCCUCGAGCAUCAGAAGACUCACCACGAAGUCAAAGUUCACAGCUGUUCACGAUGCCCCAAAACUUUCGCUAAAAAAUCCCAUCUGCUGCAGCAUCUCAACAUUCACAAUAAGGAAAGAGACUUCCUGUGCGUCGUGUGCGAGAAGAGAUUCUCUUGCUCGCCAAAUCUGUCGAAACAUCAAAACAGAGUUCACUGCGUCAAUUCAAACCGAUUGGUGAUGCGGGACGCUCGAGACGAAGCGGAAACUGAUCCCGAAAUUGAACAUCCGAAAACGGACUCCUCGCAAAACAAAGAUUGGUUCGUCUACCUGAACCGAGAGAUGGAGGCCAACGUCAUCGACGAAGCGGUCAUAGAGAAGGAAUCCCGACUCUUCGAAAGCCAAGGGCUCUCUCUUCGAGAUAAGAGCGAGGUCGAACGCAUGGAGGUCGAUGGAAAUGAUUUUAAAGUUAUUUUCAAAGAAAAGUGUUUCGGGAUCGCAUCGAGCUCUUUGUCUGAUGUAGGAAAUUUGACAACGGACUCUGUUCCCCUGGAGUACGGCCCGGAGAUCGUGUCUCCCGGCGUGGACGACUAUAUUCUUCCGCACAUAGACCCCUUGCUCACGAUACUGACGGAUGCGAUCCCCGACCGACCGGACCCCGCGACCCCCGCGCCCCCCGCACCCCCCGCACCCACUCAACACAUUCCCGACGAGAACCAGUUCUCCAUGGCCGAGCCGUGGGAUCCUCCCCUCAUCACCAAAAUAUACUCGCACUUCUACGACGAGUACGAAGAACACAACCGUCUGUCUGUGAAGACGGACAUAUUUUAAAAAGUUGGACGAAGUGGUCUUUGACGUGAAAUAGAGAGACGCAAAGAGAGUUAACUUAACCCGAAGGCCACCAUUGAUUAAACGAGCCAUGCCAUAGUUUAUGCAAAUCUCAAAGAUCAUUUCAAACCGAUUUAGCUACCUCAGUAACGUCUUACCUCACUAAUGUAUGUAUUAUUGUAUUUUUUACACGUUUAACAUAUAUCCCACCAAAUUAAGACAUAUAUAUAUACAAUAUAGUUAAUGCUACCUCAUUUUAGAUAAGAUUAUAGAUCGCUUGCACUUUAAAAGGUCACUAAUAUUUGUGAGUGCUUUGUUUUUGAGUUGUUCAAUCGUUUAGCUCGACGAGACGCGCUCCGUGCCAAAAAGAACAUAAACAUUGUAUGUACCGCCAGAUAAUAAAUAAAAUGUAAAUUGGCACAGAACUGUCGCCGAGCGAUAACUCGUCGCAUAAUUUCCAAAGUGUUUCGGCUAAGUUUUUUGCGAAAAAGCUUUUGUAUAUAUUUGGUACAUCAACGGCACAUUGUAUUUUCUCUGCUUCUGUUCUUGCUUUAUUUGAGAGAAUCCAUCGCCGGAGCCAUCGAACGAUAAUGAUAUUAUUGACUAUUUGCAACACGUGGCAGGACAACGCUGAACCUUUUUAUUUAUAUAUUGUUAGGUCGAUGGCGAUUCCGUGCAUUUUAAUCUCGAUUCCUUUUUAUUAUAUUUUUUAUGAAGUCGCGAUGCCAAGCGUCGCGAUAUUAGUGUAAGUGAAUCGAUAGUGCUGUGAUAUUUUUAUGUAUAUUUAGAGUUUAAGAGUAGGGUGAGUAACGAACGAGUACAAAUUAUAAUAACGACGAUACUGAAUCCCGCGGGACAUAUUUCCAAAGGACGCAAUCCAACUAAUCCUAACGCAUAUGGAGUACGAGCGAGGCGGCCGAGUCGAGGCUAUCGAAGCUUUUACUGAGACUUUUUCAAUUUCAAGGCCAAUUUUUUGUGAAAAAUUGCGGAUGAUCCAUAUGCGUUCAAAAUUUCUGGAAACAAUAUAAUGAUAACAUUUAAACCUGCCCGGCAGAGAUACCAUGAAGUUAAAAUUAUAUAAAAGAAAAGGAAUUUAACUCCGAAAUAUUUUCGAGAGAGUGAUUAUUUACAAAGGUCGAGUCUUAGGUAAUAUAAUCCAAAGACUGUGAUGUAUUUAUAAGUUCCGUGAACUUAGUAAAAAUCGGGGGGAAAGGAGUCAGACGUGCGAAAUAUAUCAACAUACGAUGUAGCUUGAAACUUGGCUUCGAAAAGAGCUAACCGUCUUUUGUUCGUGUCAGUCGUGCGAAUCGGCCCAAUCCACACACGAACAAUUUGGCCUGAGAUAAAACAAAUAUACCUAUCUGGUGAAUUCGAUUCGGGAACGCAUGAGCCAAACGCCAUGCUUCCAAAAAUACAAAAUUUUAUGCCUCUUCAUAAUUCGGUUGUCGAAACUGAGAGGUAACCAAAACUGCGCUCAUCAUUUGCAUGAGAGCGCAGCGCUGUUGGCUUAGCUGCAAAGUGCACUGGGAUUCAUCAGACGCUACCAGGGCUUCGUUUAAAUAUGCCAACGGUCGCCCGUGGCGAGGAGUCUGUGUUCCAGUCUAUUUUGUCCGUCACGACAGUUACGGUCGUUCUCACUCGACAGACAUUUCGAGACUGGCGAGAAGAUGGUCGAGUAACUUCGUUUACUCACUUUCGCUAAAUAUGGGAAAGCAGCUGGGAGUCAGAUAUGUAGGAAUGUCUUUAGUCAUCGAAAGAAACUUAAAUUACUCUUAAAGUCACGAAAUGUUUGCCGAGUAUGGAAGAUACCAAAUAAAUAGCUGACAUACUCUGUUAGUUUGUACCUCAAUGUAAUAGUACUUAUUCAAAACUAUUUUAUAAUCAUAAUCAUAACCGUUUUUAUAUUUCGUCGCAAAGGAAACAAGGGUAAAAGAAUUUUUCUAUAAACUUAUUAUAAAAUAUAUUUUUGAUACUUGUCGUGUGAAGUGUUAAGUUGAAUAUGUAUUGUUAGUAUUUAUUGUGAUCUAGUCUAAACUAGGGGUUUAUUUAUGAACCGCCUUCUUGCCGUGCUUCUGUCGGCGUAUCACGGCCGUAUCUUUUUCUAGAAACACAAAGCCGAACCGGCACCAUCGUCUGCCGCUCUGUGCCUAGGUGACAGGAAAAAUUUUGGAAAAUUGUAACCUUUGCGACCAUAAAUGUCCGUAGCUGUUAGGUUUUAGGUUAGAGUCGAGCACAGGGUAUUGUGGUUCUAUUUUAGGGGAGUGUUGUAUCUCGAUAAUAUGUUAAAGCAGUACCCGACGGUCGGUCACGAUACUACCCCAAUACCCGAUACGCGUAGUUAGGCCCAUCUCAGUCUGUCGUCACUGACGGUGAGCUGGGUUCGUGUGAUCCGUUUCAAUGAAUUGCAGGAUGCAAAUUGCAAAAAUAUAAAUAAUAUCGAUCGUAAGACGUUCCGGUCACGAAACCCGCUCUCUGUUUGUACAUUAGGGAAUUACCUUCAAAUAAUAUUCGUUUAGAUUUUCAAAAUUAUCGCAUAAUAAGUAUUUCUUCUAUAGGUAUUCACUUGUCGGAUGUAAUUUUGUCAUUUGUGGGUUGUUUAUCGUCGAAGCAGUUUUGUGAAAUUCCAUUUUAGCGAGUUAGAGUGAAAUACAUUUCAAACUAAAUCUCAAGACGUUCGCUUGCCAAUCGGCGAGAAUAAAUAAAUAUUAAAUCAACGAUAAACAACCAUUAUUAGGGUGUCAAAGGAUAAAACUGUAAAUAUUUAAUUUUUGUAAUCUGAGAAUAUUGAAUCGAAGCUGCUUUCGUUAGUCGAGUUACACCGAGUGAUAUUUUAAAUGCGGGAUUAAUUUAAGCUUUAUUUAAGACGCUAAAUGCUUUUUUGCGAAGUUUCGCUAGUUUUACCUAUUUUGUGUUGACGAUUUAAAUUAUUUUUUAAUGAAAUCUAUGAAUAAUGUCUAAGUAAUAAGACAACAAUUUGUACUUUUAAUGUUUUAUAAGCGGUGACAUGAAACUAUAUUUUUUUAACUGUUUCAUUUUCAAGAUUGUUUAAUGCCAUCGUACUCGACAUCAGAAUAAUACGUUUUCAGUAUAAUCGACUUUUAUAAGCGAGACAAAUUCAGUAAAUCAAGCUGAAUACUAUUUAUAGUCCGUAGUAUAAGAUCCGCGUUACACGACUGGUUCAGCGGCAACUUCUCUUCGUCUCAACGAUAUGGUACGAGUGAUACCCUCAAGGCGUAAUAUCUUAGAAUCUCUCCAUAAACCGACGGAAAAGUUGCCCCUAAAUAUUAAGCCCUUACAUAUGAAAUUGUGGUUUUGUCUUGGAGGAACAAAAAGUAUAUUUAAUUAAUCAAAGUAUUAGUCGAGUACCCUUGCUAUCUAUGCAAAUACAGUUUUAGCACUAACACAAUAAGCCUGCACCUAAGGCGUAGGUUGCGAUGGAACCGCCUUCAAUUCUUUAUCAUAUCAUUAUGCCAUAAACAUUUGAGCAUUCUUAAACAACGCGAUGUUUCACGUUUUUCAUUUUAUAGUAAAGCGGCCAAUGCGACCAAUCGCCAAUUUCAUAUGAAAGGGGUUAAUAUUAGUUUUCCACAUAAUUAAGUAAUUUCAUCGAUACGUCUUUAUAAUAUACCGAUCUACCUCCGCAGUAUACGCUGCUAUUGAUUUUGUUACAUUUUGUACGUUUUCGAGCAUUUAAAGUAAGGUUAUGCAUGUUUUGAUUUUUCUGUAGAAGACGUCUACGUUAAAGUGAAUGUUUGGAAUUUUAUUAAACGAUCUGGCUAAAUCGCUUUUCAUUUCAAAAUAAAACAGACGCUAACAGCAUUUUAUUGGAUUCAUUUCAUCGAGAACUGACACGCUCAUUAUUAUAUUAGCACAGCACAGAGGAAACAUUUUACACAAACAUACUAACACUAGCUUCACUAACACACGCACACGCGUCAGCUAACUUUAGGGCGGAGUGGGAAAUGCGUCAGAUGCAAAAAAUAAAG